AGUUAAAAGCCGAAAGUUCCGACCACCAUCUUGAAUUUUGUAAUCGUAAAUUUUAUUUCGAAAUACGAAUAAAUUUGCAGAAUCAGGAUGGGAAACAUUCACACCGUAGGCCCAAAUGAAGCCCUUGUUAUAUCAGGUGGCUGCUGUGGGGAUGGACGUAAAUUUAUUGUCGGAGGCUGGGGAUGGGCCUGGUGGUGUGUGACAGACACUCAGAGCAUAUCUCUGGAGGUUAUGACUUUGAACCCUCAGUGUGAGAGUGUGGAAACAUCAGAGGGUGUACCAGUGACUGUUACUGGCGUGGCUCAGUGCAAGAUCAUGAGACAACCUGACAUUUUGAAGACAGCUUGUGAACAGUUCCUUGGUAAAUCUGUAGAUCACAUACAGAGAGUCAUCCUACAGACACUGGAAGGUCAUCUUAGAGCUAUCUUAGGUACAUUGAGCGUGGAAGCUAUAUAUCAGGAUCGUGACCAGUUUGCUCAGCUCGUGAGAGAAGUUGCCUCCCCUGACGUGGGUAAGAUGGGUAUCGAAAUCCUCAGUUUCACCAUCAAAGAUAUUUACGACAAUGUGGAAUACCUCUCAUCUCUUGGUAGGGCUCAGACAGCCAACGUGAAACGUGACGCUGAUAUUGGUGUCGCUGAAGCAAACAGAGAUGCUGGUAUUAGGGAAGCUGAGUGUGAGAAAUUGCGUCUUGAUGCAAAAUAUAUGGCAGACACAAAGAUUGCCGACUCUAAAAGACAGUUUGAGAUGCAGAAAGCUGCCUUUGAUAUGGAAGUCAAUGCAAGAAGAGCAGAAUCACGGCUAGCAUAUGAGCUGCAGAGUGCGAAGGAACGACAGAAGAUACGAGCAGAAGAGAUCGAGAUUGAUGUUGUAGAACGUAAGAAGUUGAUCGACAUUGAAGAGAAGGAAAUUCUCAGGAAAGAGAAGGAACUUAUCUCCACAGUGAAACGUCCAGCUGAAGCUCAGGCUUACAAGGUCGAGACUAUUGCCGAAGGUCAAAGAACGCAGACAGUGGAGGUUGCCAGAGCUGAGGCUGAAAAGAUUCGGUUGAUCGGAGGUGCUGAGGCCACAUCUAUCGAGGCUGUCGGCAAAGCUGAGGCUGAAAGAAUGAGACUGAAAGCCUCAGCCUACAAGCAAUACGGAGACGCUGCUAUGCUCAGUUUGGUCCUUGAAACAUUACCCAAGAUUGCUGCUGAAGUUUCGGCUCCUCUGUCACGCACAGAUGAGAUUGUCCUGAUCGGAGAUGAUAGAACAACUUCAGAAGUCAGCAGGCUUAUCAGCCAGUUACCCCCAGCAGUCCAGGCUCUUACUGGGGUAGACCUCUCCAAGGUGUUGACAAAGGUACCCGGAGCCACUUCCUCGUAGACAAGUUAAUGUCAAGGUCACACAGUCACCUUGAAAACAGUUUUUGAAGAAACAGCAAUCAGGGUCACUUGGUGAACUUCGACCUUCAGAUAUUUCUCAUAUGUUAACAUAGACUCAAAAAUCACAGACCUACAAAUCUUUUAAGUGCAGAAGAUAGUGGGAACAAGCAUGUCGCCCAUUGAUUGCAUCAUUAGCCAUCUUGACCUCCCUAAUGUAGUGAAAUAGAAUAUUCCAGCAUGAUGUGACAAGAUUAAAACCAUUUAGGAUUUAGGGGAAAAACAACUAACCUGAACACCCUAAUUUUAUAUAAUGAAAUAGGUCCACUACAUAGUUAUAUCAAGAGAAUUUGGGAAAAACCAUUAUCGAAAUACAGGGGUAAAAAGUUAAAAUGUGAGAAAUAGCUCAACUGAAAUCAGGUGUUGUGUGUUUAUAUAAAUAGAGUAUACUUCAUUAUUAUUGAUUAUCAAAGCAUGAGAUUUUUACAAUAUGAAUAAACGUUUUUUUUAUACCUUACAUAUAUACUAUCAUGUACACGUGUUGUCUUACACAUUUUACUGUCCAACUAUGCUCAUAUAUUUACUUGUACAUAAAUAUUGUACACAUAUGUCAACCAUAGAGACAUGAACUGUUGUAAUAUGUCAAAAAUAAUUUUAAAUUCCCUUUAUUAGAAAGGAUUCUUUUUUUAUAGUGUAUCGAUAUUUAUGAGUAAUUUUGACAUUUAUUUUGCAAUUUUGUUACUAAUUAUAGCCCAGAUAGCUUCUUUGGUUCCAUGAUUUUUUCCCAUUAUUCUGGGUCUUUUUUUUUGUUUAUUGAAUAAAUUUUGUAAAGGAUUUGUUUUAUAAAGAGUACCAACUUUUGUAAGAAAGAAAAAAAUGUGUAAGUUGUGAUGUAUUUAUAAGCAUUAUAUCAUAUAUAGACAUUUAUCCAAAAACACUUUACUAAUAGUAUUAUAAUUGUUAAUCUGUCCAAAUAAAAAUUUGAAGCAGCAUGAUAGAGUAUCCGUAAUGGUCCCAAAAAUUUAAAACUGUUAGUGAGAAGAAAAGGCCAUACCUUUGAUUUUAGGUUUGCACUUUUUAUGCUGUAGGAAUAGAAUAUCCAUGUAGAUUGACUCACGCAUAAUGAAAUUGAAAUUAUUUUUAUUACACAGUGUUCCUUGACAUGUCUUUUUCUUGAAAUACCUCAUUUCCGCUGUUAGUCAAUGCAAUUAUUUCAUAGAUGUUUUUAGUGUAAAUAGAAUUCUUUGUUCUUAUACUAGGCUGGGUAUAAGAAACAGGUUAUGAUGGUUAUGAUUAUAGUACAAUGUUUUAUAUAAUAUACACUCUCUAAUCAGUAACUUUAUCAACAUUAUAGUCAGACCUUGAUAGUUGACCUUUGACCCUAUAUACCAAUUUGUUGACGUCAGCUAUUUUCUUUUUGAUUUUCUGACAGUAAAGCUUUUUAGCCCUUUUUUCUUGGAGUGAAGACCUUUAGACACAGGCUACUUAAAGGGUAUUUAGUUUCAUCUUAUUUUAUAUGGUCUUUUUAAGGUUCAUUCUGACUGUGUAUUUUUAUACAUGAAAUUAUAUAUUUAAACUGUCACCCAAACAAAGUUGAUACUCCACUCUUUUUUUUUCUCCACUCUUUUUUUUUCUGCAAGUAAAAAACCCUGCAAUAAGUCUAGUAUCAUUAUUUUUGUCUUCAAAGUGAGUAAAGAUGUGGUUUUAUAAAAUUUGUUGACUUUGUAUUUGGUUAAAAACUUGUUUUUAUUUGAUACAAAUCACCUUUUUUCUUGUACACAUAAUUAAAAAAACAAUUGUAUAUGUAAUAUUAAAAUUGAACAAGAUUGAUCAUGUAAAAAUGGCAGCAAGUGUUAUUUAUACUGUUGUGUUCUUUAAUAUGAUUUUCAUUCUUUUUUAUUUACACAAAUCUUUCAUGACUUGUGUUGUUUUUGCUUUUUAUCAUGUUAUGCUUAAUUUGCUUUGUAACUACGGUACAACUUCUUAAGAGCUUCACCCUUUUUAGGGUCGACAAAGCUCUCUGAGCUUUUGUUUAGAGGUUUUUUGCUCUAAAGAGGUUAAAUUUGUUUUUAAAGUCUUCCUUUUGGGAAGAAUUGAAACUAUUGUUAUAAAGAGGUGAUUGCUAUACAGAGGUAAUAGCCCUCCAGAUGGCUGCUAUGCAGAUGUUACACUGUACUUUGUACAUACAUAGCACCAUUGGGCAAAUAAGUACAGAUACAAUGUUUGACUGUUAUUUUUGAAUGUUUUAUGUAUAAAGUAUUAACAUAAAAGAAAAUUUGUUAGCUGUUCAAUAAAGUAACUAACUUAAAAUUUUAACAUGAAUUCUUGGGGGAUCUAAACAUAGAAAGCUUUUUAGCAUAUUAACAGAACAGACUGCCUGGAGAAUCAAGCUGGCUUGGCCUACAUGUUCUUCUAUUAUAUACCUUUGCAAGGUCAGUUAAACAAUUGUUUCCAGCACUUUUUAAGGUUUUUUUGUUUGUUAUUUUUCCUCUUGUGACAACUUUACCAAAAGGUAAGGCCUUGAAACUGCAUUUAUGUUUUGCUAAAUUGUUGAUUAAAUAAUGGACAAAUGUUUUUAUAAUGAAAGGGUGCAUUUGAUGUGUAACUAGUGUCUUUUCUUUACAUUCUUUACGUACUUUAUGUUUGUUAAGCACUGUGGAAUCAUAACUUUUGUGGGCAUGAACUUUUAUAGCUGCGACCAAAAUGUAGUGUUUAUGAAUAAAUGAAUUUACCAACUUUGGAAUUUGUAUACUCAAAUAAGCGCAGUUAGAAACAUUUUCUUUGUAUAUUUACAUUUUAUGCAUUUAAAAAUAAGUGAAUCUUUUGGGCAUAUUGAAAAGAACUUUUGCAUAGAAACAGUAAAAUUUUAAAAUGACAGAAAAAGAAGAAAUGCCCACAAAGUGUGAGAUGGUUUUGGAGUAUUUAAGAACAUGUUGUAGUUAGUAAUUUAGUUAGUUUGAUACACUGACAAUCCUGAACCUCUAGAUAAUGCGUGCAUUUUCUAAAAAUACUUUCACAAUUUAUAUUAUUUAUCCAUAGUAUAAUCUGAGAAAACUUAAUUAUGUAUGGUACACAAUUAUAAAGUUAUGAGACUAAGAAACAAAGCUUGUUGUCAAACUUUAUACCUUUUAAAAAAAAAUCAUCUUGAGUACUGAAUUGAUUUUAACACAUGUUGAUCUGUGUGCACAAAAAGUUACCAGGAUGUACUUUCAAAACGCUGCAGUGUGAACGUCUUUUAAGAAUCAAACUUCGUAAAACCAAAUUGCUUGGGUAUAUACUUUUCCUUAUUGUGUUUUAUCAUUUUUAAACUAUUUCCAGCAUUAAAGUCUGUUUCAAAGUUUAUUUGUCAUUGUUUUCUUAAAUUGCUUAAGUGUAGUAUAUAGUUCCAUAUUCACUGAUUUAAACAUGCCUCGUGCACCUUGAACUGUUUCUUUGCACAUUUUCAGGAUUCACUAUCAAAAUUAGUUACCUCAAUCAGAUUGCAGCUUAGUUUAGGAAAAUUUAUUUAGAUCAAACAGUAAAUAUUUAUUUAAGACAUUAAGUGAACACUACUGCUGUUUUGUGCCUUAAAACAUAGACAACAUAGGAACAAAAAUACUCCCAAUUUUUAUUCUACAACAUUUAUCUAUUCUUAGUUGUCCAAAUUUUUCUCUUGUUAUUGUCUAGAAGAAGAAAAAUCAUUUUUAAUUAUUUCUGAUUUUUUUCCAGAGAGUAUUUCUUUGUCUUAUAAAACAUUGAUUACAAAUAGUUUAAAUAUAACAUCUACAUAUAUUUGAUUUUAAAUUUAUUUUAAACAGUGCAAAUGUUUUAUUUUUAAUUAUCAUCAAAAAGCAGUAUAUUUUUCUUUACCUUUUCCGUUUCUAUUUUGGUAAUUCCUACAUUGUUGUAUGGUAAACAGAUGUAGACAUGUUCAUAGCCUGUUUUAUUGAUGUAAAAAUAUGAUUUUUUGUGUAUUUUUACCCAGUAAAGCAUCAUUAGUAUCUAUCUUCAAAGGGAAGCAACUUAUGUAAUUAUUAAGAUUUUGUUAAACCGUAGUUACCUAACCUUUUGUGUCAAAAGUCAAAUGCUUCUUAAAUGUUUUUGUGCCUUCUUUCAGAAAAAGUUCAUGUCACAUGGAAUUUAAUUUUUACUUCCAAAAAACAUCUCUUUUAAUGUUUCUGUGGUCCACAUUAAUGCUGUUUAUAUAAUUAAACAUCAAAAGAUAAAUGUUCUUCUUCUUUUUUAUAAAAGAAAAUUUAAUAUAUUUCAUUGUGUACAUGUAUCUUGUCUUACUGUAUCAUAAUUGUUUUUUUUACCUGUAUUUUUAUUUAUAUAUUUUAACAGCUGUGGCAGUUAGCAAAGAAAAUGUAGUAUGUAAGAUAAUUAUUUGAGAGCGGUUAUUUUAGUACAAUGUAUUAUAAAGAUGUGGUAGUGGAAAUAGUAACUAAUAGAUGAAUUAGUAAGUUAAUGAAGAUUGAAUUUGUUAUACAAAGUUGGAGAUAAAAGGUGUUUUUUCCAUAACCAAAGUUAAGAGAAAGAAAAGCAACAACGUUAUUGUAAUGAUAAUAUAGAAAGAAUUACACACAAUCAAAUGUUAUUGCAAUAUAAUUAAAGAAACAAAUACAUUCAAAAGUAUUUAAAGAAUGUUAUUGCAAUAAACGUUACAUAAUGAUGUUGUAUCAAUCAAAAUUUUAUUGCAAAAAAGAAUAGAAAGUAAUAAUCAAAAUUCAUUUGAAUUUUAUCAAGUUAAUUAAGAAACAUGUUCAAAAUGUUGAAAAUUAGUUAAAAUUGAUACUCUAUUCCAAUUAAAGUUCAGAUAAAUAUUAAUUAUUUAAAUGGAAUUGCAAUAAGUAAAGAAAUAGAUAUACUAUGUUUAAAUUGAGAAUAUGCUUAUAAAAUAAUGUUAGAUUUUUUUUUGCUUUAUAAAAUACCAGCACCUGCGUUUUUGUCCAUGUUAAAAAGUCCCUUUUUGUUCACAAGUUGACAGAUUACAGAUUACUUUGUCAUAACAAUUUAUAUUAACUGCAUUCAGUAGAGUAAGUAAAGCAUUAUGAUUCUGUUGAAAAAGUUUUGAAGUGAUGCUGUUUAUUUAUUUAUUGCAUUUUGUUUGGUUACUUUCGCGGAAGUGAAUAUUCAUUGUAAAAUAUUCUUUGUAAACAAUAGAUAAUAAAACUUUAAAACUGUA